GCUAUGUUUUGCUCUUGCGUGUGUUUACAUUUUUCAUGUGGAAAAUUUUGGAUUUCGAAUCUUCGAUGACCUCGCAGCACGAUUUUCCGUGCUAAAUUUCGUGAAAUCUCGCACAAAAUUUCCUGCAAACAUGUCGCUCUACGACGACGAUGACGGGAUGAGCAAGGACAAGUCGGAGCAAGUUUCCGGCUGGUCUUCGAGCAUAAAAAUGAUGCAGUCGCAACUGCAGAUCAAGCAGAAGCAAAACUCCACGCCGGUAUUUGACCACAAAGCUCCAAAAAAGAUCCUAUCUCUAGCAGAUUUGUCUAAGCCUUUUUUGGAAAAGUCUUUGGUCAAUCAGCCGAAAAGAGAGCAGAUGAGGAAGCCUCCUCCGACUUUGGCGCCGGUCAUAAAUUUGAAAAAAGCAAAAACGCCAGGCGACGCCAGAUCAGAAAAGAAGCCAAUUCUCGUCUCUGGCUUUCAUGAGUCAAGGAGUAAUGUCUUGCCCAUAACUACAAUUAGUCACAUUCCGAAGACUGCCAGCAAUGAGUUGGAGUGGAAUUGGGAGGACGAGUACGACCCUAUGUGGCCAAACGAUUAUGAAGCUGUUGUCCAAGAAAUGAAAGAAAGAAAAAGCAGGGAGAAUGAUGAAGAAAGAGGAAAAUGGAAGAGCAAAACCAACCGCGAUGACAAUAAUAAGCGCAGCAAUCCCUCAAGGUAUGACGAGGUCAAAAGGUUCAAAGGUUUUGCUGGGAAGCACGAAAGUGACGAGGAAGAAGAACCUCCAAAGCCUCGAGUCUCAAGAGGAGGGGGCGCGGCCAUUGCUCCUCCUCCGUCUCUUCAGGAGCAGCAGAAGAGUCCUCCUCGCCCUAGUAGCACCCCUAAGAGUGGUGGAAACACCUUCGAAGGAGGCUCCGUGGCAGCCAAAAUCAUGGCCAAGUUCGGCUACAAGGAGGGCCAAGGUCUUGGCAGACAAGAGCAGGGCAUUUCCACGGCCCUGCAGGUUGAGAAGACAAGCAAGAGGGGUGGACGGAUCGUCCACGAACCUCCUCCUGUGAGCACUUUGUUUGGUGGGGCGCCUGCGUCUCCUCCGCCGCAAAACUUGUUUGCCCCUCCUGCUCCACCUACCCCAUCAACCCCUGCCAGUUUGGCUGCCGAUGAACUCACCAUCACCGAAAUGAUGAAGAAUCCCUCAAAGGCAGUCUUGCUAAGGAAUAUGGUUGGUCCGGGAGAGGUGGACGAAGACCUUGAGCCAGAAGUCAAAGACGAGUGCAACACAAAGUACGGGGAUGUUGUCAAAGUUGUCAUCAAGGAGAUCCCGAACGUUGUGCCCGAGGAGGCAGUGCAGAUUUAUGUAGAGUUCAAACGUUUGGAAUCCGCGAUAAAGGCUGUCGUCGACCUGAAUGGGCGAUUUUUUGGUGGGCGUCAGGUCAAAGCCGUUUUUUAUGAUUAUGAAAAGUUGUUGCAUAAUAUUUUGUUGUAAUUUAAGAAUAAUCACAACUACUGUAAAAAUUGUAACAUUAUUUAAAAAACAGUUUUUUUUUAUUAUAAAUAAAUUAAUAAUCAAA